AUGAACUUUUCAGUUUGGAUGUGUCUAAUGAUCAGCCUCACAGCAGCUCACAGAGAGUUUCCUCAGAACUUUGUGGUGGCAAAAAAGUCUGAACAGUACACUCUGACCUGCAAUUCAAAAGCUGGUGAAGCUGUCACGUGGAAGCUGGGUGAUAACAGCUUGGAAGAUGAAGAUAAUGUAGAGCUAAAUGGUCCAAAUCUAACCGUGUUAGAGGUAGAUAUGCCAAGUCUGGGUAAAUACAGCUGCUGGAAAGGAGAAGAGAUGUUAUCCUCAACCUAUCUGCUGCUGGAAGAUGACGAGGAACAUGAUUUGAAUUCUCUGAUCACGUGUCGGGCAAAGUCUUAUGACUGUAACUUCAGCUGCACCUGGACCAGCAAUGAAUUCACAGCAGUGCGUCUUGGACUGGGCCAGGACUGCAAUGAAAGCUUGAAGUCGUGUCAGUGGGUUAGCAGCAGUGGCCAAUUCCCGGAUGGGAGACUGCAGUUUGAGCUGUCUCACAACCUCUCACCCUACGCUGAGGAAAGCACCAUGCUUGAACUCACUGCUGAGGCAAUAAGUGAUCGCUCCAUUUUUAGGACAACCAAGAGAUUUUAUCUCAGAGACAUUGUUGAGCCUGACAGUCCCCACAUUGUCCGGUGUCAGUUGGUGGAGCAGGACCUGACCGUGACCAUUGAUCCACCCAGCAGCUGGUCAGUCCCUCACAGCUUCUUCAGUCUGGAGCACGAAAUUGAAUACGUGCUUAGAAAUGACGGCAAAACCAGACGUUCGCUAUCUACUCUGAUACCGAAGGAGAUCAGCAAGCUCAGGGUUCGCUCCAGAGACUCAGUGGUGCUCUCCAACUGGAGUCAGUGGACUCCCUGGAAAAAUGUAACCUACUGAUAUUGUCUGAGUCCAACACUGUCAGCUUUUGCUCUUUAUCUGUUCCCACAAGUCUGCAGUGUCCUCUCAUGUCCUCUUACUUGUUUUUUGCCGUGUUUUCCUGCUGUCUCUACUUGGUUUUGUUUUGUCUUUAUUAACAGAUCUAUUGAACAC